AUGGGUGGAACCGAGCGGCUGUGGCUGUUUGCAAGUCUGUGUCAGGUGGCUUUGCUGACCUGUGAACAACAUUCAAAUCCUGUUGAGGUUGAAGUUGAGUUUCAGUCCUUCCCUGCCAGUCAAGAUCCAGACACCUACACAGUCACCUGCAGGACUGCAAGUAACCACCUGGUGUAUGUGAAGCCCAUUGAUCCGCCAGCAUGCUCUCCUGGUUGCAAGACGUCCCUGCGAUUGGUUGAGGACCGAAGAGGAUAUAACAUCACACUGAGCUCUGGCAGGAAUGACACCACACUCGAGGCAAAGACCUUUCACCUAAUUCCAGUCUCCUUGGCUUCCUUUCGUGUCCACACCACAACGACCUCCGCUCUGCUGACAUGGAAACUUCACAGACAGCAAAACAUCUCCACCCUGAGUCUGUACAACACUCACACACAAUCUGUCACACACACAUUCAACGUGACGCCGUCCGAGGUAGAAAAGUCCCAGUACGCGGUGACAGGUCUCCGGCCUGGUACACGCUUCAAGGUCAAAGUUGUGGUGACCACAUCGCUCGGACACCUCAAUGUGAUCUUGAAGCAGAGACUCAGCAUCAGCAUGGAAACAGCCCAGUGCCCCCCCGGGUGGCUGGCCAGUGGACGGAGCUGCUACACUGUGAGAAGAAGAGCUUUGACAUGGAGCGACGCCCGGCACAGCUGUAAACAUCUGGCAGCUGGAAGUAACCUGGCUGAUCUCAAGAGUCCCGAUGAUUUGACUUUUGUAUCUAGUCACCUGCUGAGCCACAACAACCUGCUGCUACUCUGGACUGGACUCAGUGACCAGCAGGAGGAGGGCCGACCGCUCUGGACUGACGGCUCGUCAUAUAACCUGACCGACACCAUGAUGACGCUACUGCCGGCCAAUCAGACGGACUGUUUCGCCCUCCAGAGGAAUGCCACAGGACCAGGAUACUUCCUCACUCCAUUCUUCUGUAACAUCAACUUACCCUUCAUCUGUCAGUACCAGACCCCUCAAGUCCCUGCCUCCUUUUCCUUUGACCUGGUUCAGGUGACGGAGCAUCAGGUGGAGCUUCGCUGGAGUGACUUUUCCCCCCUGAGCUCACUUGAUCAUUCCUCCUUUGAGAUAUUCCUCCAGUACCAAAAGGAGGCAUGUGGAGAGUUGGGGCAAAGUGAAGAAAGUAGAAGCAUGACCUCAGAGGACAAAACAGAAAAAAUGGUCAAAGUCCCCAUCUCCCUGUCGUCCAGAGGGGUAACCGUGGCAGGUUUGUCUCCAGGGAGCGUCUACUCUUUCACCCUUGGAGCUUCUCACCCUGCAGGCUCCAGCUGGAGCUUGGGACAGACACAGACUGCGUACACCAGGCCGCUUCCUCCUCAGAACAUCACUGUGGGCUUUAUAACAGUCAGUCAGAUGAGUGUCCACUGGAUGCUGCCAGAUGUGCAGCACGUUGCUGGAGGGACAUUUGUCGUUCGCUAUGUGGACACGUCCUCGAGACACGAGAGGAUAGUUGGAAUGAGCAACAUCUCCUGCUCAUCAGAGACUAGUGGGUUGCAGUCAUGCAAGGCUGUGAUUGGAGGGCUGGCGUCUCACAGGAAGUACAUGGUUGAAGUUUACGCAGUCACGCAGCACGGGAUCGAGAGCUGUGGACAGACGCCUGUGACUGUACAGACCGCGGUGAGGGCCCCUAGUGGUCUGGUGGUGUUGAGUUCCAGGGGAAAUCUGACAUUCUGCUGGACCCGUCCACAUGGCGACCCACCGGAUGCUUAUUACAUCACAGCCCACCCACUCAGUAGCCCCAGUGCUUCUUCACUGUGGAUAAACCAAUCCAGUCCUGGCGGAAACUGUGUUGAUCUGGGCCCAUUUACACCAGGUCAGACUUAUGAAGUAGGAAUCGCUGCACUGAUUGGAAGAGACAGGAGCCAGAGGACCAGCAUCACUCACACCACAGAUCCGUUACCUGUUCCGGUCGCGGUGCCUCUGUCAGUCGGCUCAACCUCUGCACAGCUGUACAUUCAGCAUCCACAGCUGGGUCUGAUAGAUGGGGUGAAAGUGUGUAUGUGUCUGGGAGUUUGUGACACUGUGUGUGAGGGAUCAUGUGGGUAUUCGUGCGACUGGUACUCUCUCCCUGCUGGCGUUCACACUGUGACACUCAGGAACCUCAGUCCAGGAGCUGAGUACCAGCUGCGGGUUCUCAGCACCAGCCGGGAGCAGACGGGACCUCCGUUCUACACCCGUCCCUUUAGAACCAGUCUGGUCCCCCCCAGCAGAGUGAGGGAGGGCGUGGUGACGGACUCGUCCAUUGAGCUGCUUUGGGAUCCCGCACGUGGACGAGCUCUCAGCUUCGAGGUCGUCUGCCUGAACUGUGACCGUCCGCACACAGUGCAGAAGGUGUUCAACCAGAGCGCAAUGUUCUCCAGUCUAACUCCAGGCAGACUCUAUCACUUUACAGUACGAACGGAGAAGGAGUCCUUCACUGACAGCUCCCCUGUCACCAUCAACAUCACAGCAGCUCCCAGCCCACUGGAGGUGUCUCUUGUCAAUAAAACCACAUCAUCCAUAUGCAUCAGCUGGAGUCCAGGGAGGGGAGAGAUGAGCGCACUCAUCCUGUCAAUCAAAAACACGACAUCCCGUCAAGAGCUGAUCAUUUCUGAUGUGGCGCUCAGGUUAUACAGCUUUACAGACCUGGCUCCUGGAAGCCAAUACACAAUUGGCGUGAUUUGUACCAGCAGGGAAAGGAAAAGUAAACCGGCUUCUAUAAACCUCAACACUUUCCCUGAGGUGCCGCAGGAAGUGGCUCUGUCAGCGCACAUCGUGACAUCAGCGUUUGUCACCUGGAGACCACCGCCUGGUCAGGUGGAGGAGUACAAGUUUGGCUUUGGCCUGCUGUCCAUGGACAAGACAUCAUGGAUUGAUGUGCUUCUCCCCGGCACCAGUUAUGAGAUCAGGGGUUUGAUCCCAGGGUCAGACUACGGUGUGAACAUUCAGAGUGUGUUGGGCUCCGACACCAGUCAGCCGGUCCACAGAGAGUUCAGCACACGCCCUGCAGGACUGUGCAGCCUCUAUCUGGGCAACGUGAACUCUUCCUCCGUCUCAGUGAGCUGGGACAGUGCGAUCGGGGAGUUCGACUUUCACAGAGUCACGGUGGCCAACACCUCGGACACACGCACGCUCACCGUACCCAAGGAGCAGCAGGUUGCCGUGGUUACGGGGUUGCUGGAUGGCUGCAGCUACAACGUGAGCGCUGAGAGAGUGAGAGGAGUGACAGCGGGGAGCGCCGCCUUCCUGACCGUAACCACAGUGCCGGCCCGUGUACGAGGAGUGCGUGUUUUCAACGUGUCCGCACGAGCGUUCUCGCUGCGCUGGGAGCCGGCGGUGGGAUGUGUGGAUCAUUACCAAGUGAGCCUCCAUCCUGACCAGGGAAAAGUCACAGUGCACCCUGGACAUGAUGGAUACAUUCAGGCUGAUGUGGUCAAUGUCAGUCCAGGGAAACAGUUCACUGUAACGGUCUCAGCGGCCUCGUCCUCCAACAUCAGCCCCGGAAUCAGCCGCAUGAUCAACACCAAUGAGAGCCUUCCUGGUCCCCCUUUGGGCCUUGAAGGAGAGGCUGUCGGGUCUAACGGUAUUCUGCUCUCCUGGACCAUGCCAUCUGAUGCCAACAAUAUCGAUGAAUAUGUCAUCAGGUACAAGGAAGUGUGUCCCUAUCCUGAUCUCACCUUCACACAGGUGACCAAGAACCUGGAAAUACCAGAGACGCUGAUCACUGACUUCACCUCAGGUUCUACAUACCACAUUCAGGUAGCAGCCAUAUCUCCAAAUGGAAUUGGAGCACUGAGCAAAUCUAUCUACAUAAAGACUGCUGAGUCACCCCCUGGCCUGGUCACCAACCUCACAGCGUAUGCUCAGAACCACACCUCCGUCAUGGUUACCUGGUACCUGCCGCACCGCAUCAACGGCCUCAUUAACAAGUUUGCAGUCAAGGCAAAGCACGCUCGCACGGGGCAGACGGUCCGCACGCUGGAGGUCAACGCAGAGGACAUCAUGACUAUAGGGCUGCCUCACUGCAAUGAUGCAGCUGAUAUCCUGUCUCGUGCAACUCCGAGUCCCCUGGAGAUAACGGCCUCCUCUCCACCUAUCACCCUCUCCGCCGUGCCCCCUGCGGCCUCCUGGAGCGUGCCCAUAUCAGUGGGAGUUGAUCAGCUGCGUCCUUACACUGCCUAUCUCUUCGAAGUGUCUGCCUUCACGUCUGAUGGAGAGGGACAGAUAGCCUCCACCAUGGUCCGCAUGCCAGAGUCAGCUCCAGAAGACGCACCGCAAAACUUCGCUGUCCUGAACAUGACAUCAAGAUCAAUCUCUGUGUCCUGGAGUCCUCCCAAAAUUACCACAGGGAAAUUCAGCUACAUGCUCUACCUUUAUGGACCCACAGGAUUUCUGUAUGAGAACAGCACUGGGGACAUGCGGUUUGCUUUUAGUGGUUUGAUCCCAUACACAAGGUACAUGGUGGCCGUCCGAGCCAAAGCAGCUGGUGAAGUAGGUCCAGCAGCGCAAGAAGACGUAGUUACACCUGCUGAAGCACCCAGUGCAGUGCAGAACCUGGAGGCAGUCGCUGAGGAUUCAGUUUCAAUCCGCGUGAGUUGGAAAAUUCCUGCUCAACCUAACGGCCCCAUCACCCAGUACAGACUGCAGGUCCUGGUGGACGACACUCUGCUGCAGGACAUCACCCUCACUGCAGAGGCGAAUGGAACUGAUUUGUACGAAGAGGAGACACUUUCUCCCGAUGUCCAUAACAACUCACGUCGACGUAAGAGAUCUGCUGAGCUCGGUCUGAUCACGUCUCCGCCGACUUUCACAGCCACUGUUGCUGAGCGCACGCUGCGCACUGACAUGACUUCCUCCACCGUCGAUCACUCCGGACUUAGCAGCCCGGCUGACAUCACGAGCACUGAUGUUCAACCCACAGCUGAUCCCAUGGUCGCUGAGAAGCCCAGCACCAAUGUCACCUCUGCUUCCCAAUCUAGCACCACUAAUGUCCAGUCUUCGGACUCUUCGGUCCCUGGAACCACUGCUUUUUUUCUUACCUCCGCACUUCCUGCUACGCUCCCACCCUGGCUGACAAAGCAAUCACAAGCUGGCGAUAUGACUUCCGGCUCCUCCCCUAUGGCCGUGACCCCAAACCCGGUGCGCUUGUCCACACGUGAUGCAUCAAAUACGGGACACUUUUCAACACGCAGUGCAGCAACUUCUGGUAUUACGGGUGUUACAGUGAGAGAGGAGGUGAUGGACGGUUUCUCUGAGGAUUUGUCGUACCUGGUGUUGGAUCUGAAUCCCUUCACUGAGUACACGUUCAGGGUCACUGCUUCCACCACUGUGGGGGAGGGCCCUUCCACGAACACCUCUGAGAAGACCAGGGAGCAGGUCCCGAGCUCCGUUCUUGAAGUGUCUUAUCAAAACAUCAGCUCCACCUCCAUACAAGUGAGCUGGGUCCCUCCAAUCAACCCUAAUGGACGGAUCACACACUACACCGUCUACGGCCUGCAACUGUACAGCAAACAGGCGCUGUCGUGGAGUAGUAACACCACCAGCAUAUUGAUAACAGAUCUGGACAAGUACACUGGUUAUACGCUGCGUGUGGCUGCAUCCACAGCUGUGGGAGAGAGCUCUCUGACUGAGGAAGAUGACAUCUUUGUUUACACCUUAGAGGACGAGCCUGACUCCCCCCCUGUGAACCUCACUGUGGUGGACACCAGCCCCUCCACCGUCACACUGGCCUGGUCUCCACCUGAGAGAGCCAACGGGCUGAUCCAACGUUACGAGGUCCUGUACGAGAACGAGUCCUACUCUGCUUUGAUGAACACCUCCUCAAACGGAGUGACUCUGACCAGCGUGAAGCCGUUCUCCUACUACAACGUGUCUGUGAGGGCGUACACGCGUUACGGCAAUGGCAACCAGACGUCAGACAUUUUGCACCUCCUGUCUGGAGAGGAUGUCCCGGGCAGUCCUCCGUACGGCCUCUCCUACGAGUCAGUCAGCCCGAGCGAGGUGAAUGUGACCUGGCAGCCGCCUCUGCUUCCUAACGGCCUCAUCACCCACUACAGCCUGGAGCUUUGGAAUUCCACUCACUACCUGAACCUCACCUCCCCGACCGGCUACAUCCACAUCACGCACCUGCGGAAGUACGCGCAAUACCGCCUCAUGGUGCAGGCGCACACACGUGUCGGGCCGGGGAACCACAGCAGCGAGCCGCUCAACGUCACCACACUGGAGGAUGCUCCAGACACACCUCCUCAGUUCCUCCUUGCCAGAAAGCUGUCAGACUACGAGCUGGAGUUGUCAUGGCAACCACCACUCGAAGCAAAUUCAGACAUACUCUACUACAUUGUCAAAGUUUGGAAUGAAACGAGUGAGCUGUGGCAGAAUGUGACAGACACGUCAGUGGUUAUUAACGUGGACUCAGAGAGUCUCUACAAUGCGUCUGUCUCCAGCUGGACCAGACUGGGAGAUGGAGGCGUGUUGAUCUAUAUCAGCUUCACCACCACAGAUGCAGAGCCGUUUGACCCUCCACAGAAUGUGACUGUUACAAAUGUGACGACCUCCUCCAUCACCUUGCUGUGGAAACCACCCACUGAACCAAAUGGAAUCAUUGUACACUUCACUAUUUACUACUCUGAUAACAACACUGUGACUGCGCAGAGGGUUCCCAUGUCAGACUUACCCACCCCUGCCUCUCCUGACUCCCCCCUCUCCUUCACUCUGACUGGGCUGACCGGGGGCACUAAUUACACCAUGUGGAUGACCUCCAGCACCGUGCAGGGGGACGGAGGGGUCCAGAGCGAGACACUGACACUGCUCCUGCCAGAGGACGUGCCGAGCGACUCCGUUCGAAACCUGACGGCUCAGAUCUUCAGCUCCACGGCCAUUAUCGUCAGCUGGGACCCGCCCAUGGAGCCCAACGGCCGUCCUUACUACCUGCUCACCUUACAGGAAGCCGGCAUCCCCCCAGAUGUUCCCAACCAAGGCGCUCCAGCUGUCAACAAGACCAUCAAGCACACCACGACUGACAAUGUCUUCCUCUUCACCAGACUCAGGAAGUAUUUCCCUUAUGUGCUCACUGUUACCCCAGCAACCGGUGCUGGCCCCUCCUACAACCACACCAGCACAAUGUACCUGAGGACGGAUGACGACAUCCCUAGUUCUGCUCCCUUGCUGGUCUCUACCAGGAACCUGUCGUCGUCCGCCAUCGCCGUGGUCUGGCAGCGCCCUCUGGAGGCCAACGGGGAGAUAUCUGAGUAUACCCUCACUCUGAUCGGCCCAGCGGGCUCCAACACAACACAUACCACCAACACCUCGUUCAUCCUCGAUAACCUACUUCCAUACACGGCGUACAACCUCACCAUCACAGCGUUGACACGUAAAGGCUCGGGGCCUCACCUGCUGCUGCAGCUGCACACUGAUGAAGGAGGCCCCAUGUCCCCUCCCCGUAACCUGACUAUAUACAACCACACGGACGUCUCUGUGUGGCUGAGCUGGGAGCCUCCUUUGGAGCCCAAUGGUGUGGUGAUCCAGUACGGCUUCAGGACCCGAGACCUCAUCACACACACCGUCACACACCAGAAUUCCUCCGGUCCGUCGACCACAGAGUAUCUCUCUGGCUUCAGGCCUCAUAGCUCCUAUGAGAUCAGUGUGUACAGCUACACCAGAGUGGGCCAUGGGAAUCAGUUCAGCAGCCCCGUGACCUUCACCACUAACGAGUCAGUAUCUGAUGCUGUGGGGAACCUCUCUUGCUCGGGAGGGAGCUGGGAUUCAAUUCUGCUGUCCUGGGAAGUUCCAGUCAACCCUAAUGGACAGAUCGUUUUUUACGAGAUUACAGUGGAGGUUGACGUGCAGUCGUACACACACCAGGCUCAGUCACCAGAGUACACAGUGAGCGGGCUGUCCCCAGAUCAGACGUACACACUCACCGUGGCAGCAGUCAACUCCGCAGGACCUGGAGACGCAGUAAACUGUACUGCCUCCACUCUUUCUGAAUCAGUCCCAGCUGCCCCUCGCUCCCUCACCGUCUCUGAGGUCACACCUACCAAUGUGACACUUCACUGGGCUCCGCCGCUCUCCAUACCUGGCCUGCUGAAAGAGUACCACAUCAUUGCUCAGCUGCUUUCAACUGUUUGUGAACCAAACAUCGUACCCACGGCACAGCCCCCCUCAGAGGACGAGCUGACCUCCGACUGUGUGGACUCUCAUGUCCUGGUGUCAGUAAAUAGCAGCGAGGAGAACCCCAACAGCAUCACACUCCAGUCCCUCAAUAAAUACAGAUACUACCGCUUCAAAGUGGCCGCUGUGACCAACGCGGGAGUUGGAGAGUACACACGCUGGAGUUAUGCACGCACCCUCGCUGGAAACCCUGAUGUCCCUCCCCGUGACCUGAGGGUCACCCCAUCUUCCAACAGCCUUCGCAUUGCGUGGAGCGCUCCAGCUGUUCUCUCUGGGCCGACAUCAUAUCUCGUUCAGGUGGAAGGUCCUGGUUGGAACAUGUCAACAGUCCGGGCUCCAGGAGAGUUGACGACUGUUGUUGUGACGAACUUGACCGCUUUCACCCUCUACUCUGUGACCGUCACUGCCUUCACUGGUCCACUGGCACUGGCUGCUAGCGAUGGGAAAGCUGUUGGACCCACUGGAUUUCAAACGUUGGAGGAGGAACCCAAAGACCCUCCCAAGAACGUGAUCGUAUCAGUCAUCCCGGAGGAAGUGAACCGUGUGAAGUUGACCUUCACGCCCCCAGAAGAGCCCAAUGGAAACAUCACCGCCUACUUUGUGUACGUGUACGAAAAGGAGCGGCUGGUCAAGAACAUCAGUCUCAAUAUCUUUCAGAGAGAAGACAACAACACGCUGGCGGCUGUCAUCGAGGGCCUGAAGGGAGGACACAACUACACUAUACAGAUUUCAGCCAGGAACGGGGCCGGCAGGAGUCCGCCCAGCCCACAUGUCCAGAUAACCACAGGAAUCAAAGCCCCGGCCAAGCCAACCCAAAGACCCCAGGCAAUGCUGGGCCACGGAGGGGUUGCCAUAGUAACCCACAGGAGUAUCACCAUCCACUUGCCUGCCUGUUUCUAUAGUGACAACAAUGGACCAAUCACAAAAAUUCAGGUCGUCGUGGCCGAGUCAGGGGUGAAGGACGUCCAGAACCUGACCAACUGGAAGAAUGCAUUUUUGGAUCGUCCCGGCCCCUACCUGACUGACAGGGGUUUCCCCAACCCGCAAUGUUUUUCGGGGGACGGGCUGUCACGCACGGGCGCACACUUCAGACGCAAUCGCAGUGUGCCUGGAGACAGCCGGCCCCUGGUGAGGCAGAAUCACACUAUUGCAGGAACCUACGUGAUCGGGGAGAAUGAUGACUGUAUGCAGCAGAACAACACCGAUAAUUUCUGCAACGGGCCUCUGAAAGCGAACACGGUCUAUGUGUUUAUGUUCAGAGCUACUAACAUCAAUGGCCAAUACACAGACUCUGAUUUCUCUGACCAUGUCAAAACUACAGCGGACGGGCUGUUGACCAGAGAAGAGCAGAUCAUUCUGGGUGUUCUGCUUUCCUUCUUCUUGGCCGUGUUACUCAUCAUCAUCAUCUGUGCCUCAGUCAAGAUGCAUCAGCGCAAGAAGGAGGGCGGGACCUAUUCACCACGAGAGGCGGAAAUCAUAGAGACCAAGUGUAAACUCGAUCAGCUGAUCGCUGUGGCCGAUCUGGAGCUGAAACAAGAGAAACUCAACCGGUAUUCUUCCUUCUUCUUUAGACGGAAAGAGAUUUAUGUCAUCCAGCUUCUCAGCUACAGGAAAUCACUCAAGCCCGUCAACAAAAAGUCUUUCCUGCAGCAUGUAGAGGAUCUGUGUGCCAAUGACAACGCCAAGUUCCAGGAAGAGUUUGCUGAGCUCCCAAAGCUGCUGCAGGACCUGGCCACCACAGAUGCUGAUCUGCCCUGGAACAAAUCCAAAAACCGCUUCCCUAACAUCAAACCGUACAAUAACAACCGAGUGAAGCUGCUGUCAGAACCGGGCACUGCAGGCUCGGACUACAUCAACGCCAGCUUCGUCUCAGGCUACCUGUGUCCCAACGAGUUCAUCGCGACUCAGGGUCCUCUGCCGGGCACAGUGGCAGACUUUUGGAGGAUGAUUUGGGAAACGGGGACCCGCACCAUCGCCAUGCUCACACAGUGUUACGAAAAAGGCAGAAUUCGGUGUCACAAGUACUGGCCUGAGGACAACAAGCCAAUGUCAGUGUUUAGUGACAUUCUCAUUUCAAAAGUGUCAGAGGAAGUCCUGCCUGACUGGACUGUCAGAACCCUGAAAGUAGAAAAGCACGGACACUACAUUCUGGUUCGCCACUUCAACUACACGUCGUGGCCUGAGCACGGGGUCCCAGAGUCCUGCAGCACGCUCAUUAAGUUUGUCAAAGCUGUCCGGGGCCACAGGCACGAAAACACCACCAUAGCGGUUCACUGCAGUGCUGGUGUGGGGAGAACAGGUGUGUUUAUCGCCUUAGACCACCUCAUCCAGCACGUCAGAGAUCACGACUUUGUGGAUAUCUACGGCCUGGUGGCCGAGCUGCGCAGCGAGAGGAUGUGCAUGGUGCAGAAUCUGGCCCAGUACAUCUUCCUGCACCAGAGUACGCUGGAACUUCUCAACAACAAAGGCAACAGCCAGUCCAUCUGGUUUGUCAGCUACUCUGCUCUGGAGAAGAUGGACUCGCUGGAAGCAAUGGAAGGUGAUGUUGAGCUGGAAUGGGAAGAGACCACCAUGUAAAGACAAACCGAGGGACACCUGCAUCCGAGUGAGACGGGACCUGUGCACAGACCCUGGACAGGACGGCCCGCACCACGUAAAGGAAGAGGAAGUAGGGAGGAACAGGAAGUGAACGACACAGUCUGAACUGGACGGCCCAUUGGUUGACUCAAGGCUUUGAUGCUCCACUUCAACCCAUUUCUCAGCUCAGGCCUCCCUUUACUCCACCACUUGUCUACUUGUUUUCAAAGAGAGUCAGCGAGACAAAAGGUAGACGGUGAAACGGUGAGUUUCAGAAACGACAGGGAUAAAGGAGAAGCGGCAGAGACAGAGCACUCUAUCACGUCUGUAAGCCGACAGGUACUUUGCACAAAUUGAUUUCACUGUGUAUUGUAAUUACUGUAUUAUAUUGAUAUCAUCUAUGUUUUUUGUAAGAUAAUUUAUUCAAGCCAAAAUGGUGUUUUUUUUUCAAUCUCUUUGUAAUUCUGCCUGUGUCGGGGUUUUUGUUCAUUCUAUCUCAAGUGUGAUUUGCAGAAAUAAAGAAACUUGUAUUUUU